CUGGCAGAUAUCCAAUUGCAUUUAGAGCACCCUGAACUAAACAUCUCAAUAGAUCAGCGGGAAUAUAGAAUCACAAUUCUAAUUCCAAUCUAUGAUCCCAGUAUGACUGUACGAGGCUAUGAGUCCUAUUAGGACCUUCAUUCUUCUAAUUUGAGAUCCGUAUUACAGUGUAUAAAUAUCAAUCUCAUCUGAUCCUUCUUUUACACCUCCGAUUAUAAAACCCAGAGGCCAUAGCUAUCAAGAUUUCAGGAACCAGGCAGGUAAUUUCUUUUUUAUUAUUCUUCCUUUCCUCUUUUGGCGUUUUGCAGGGUGAAUUUCUGGAGGCAACUAGUAGCUGUUUCCAUAACCAAUUCUGGACCAUGACAACCGUUCUAGCUUCUGAUCGAUCAAGAAGAGUUGGAGACCUUAAAUUACCUCCACUUUAAUGAAAGAAUUGUUGCUGAAUAUUUGUUAACUACAGUGGCUACUACCAUUAAGCCUGCAAUUGGUGGGAACCAAAUGUUCAUCGAAAGACGGAGCCGAUCGAUUUCUGGUGUUGUCAAAGGUUGGUGUCGCCCAAGAGAUGAUUCCGUUGCAGGUCGUGAUGUUGCUGCCAGAGAAGAUGGUGGACCCGUUUUCAUUGUUGGAGCCUUGCGCUGGAGAGAGAAGCUGCCGCUUUUGCCGGCAUGGCGAGAAGAAGGAACCAGAUCGAUUUCAUGCUGGUACGAAGGUGAUUAGCGGCAGACUAAGAUGGAGUCUAACGGGCGAUCGCAAAUCGUUUGCUGUUACCUGGGACGCCGUUGGAUUUCUUCCCAUCUGUUUUGCUUGUAGGCCGCUACUACUCUUGGCGUGAAGGAGAAAAUUGUGAGAUGACGUAUUCGGUCUGCCGUGAAGAUUUAGAGCUUUAGAAGACCGGCUACUUUGCCGGUGAGAAGACCGGCCACUUCGUCGGUUUGAAGACCCGUUAUUUUGUGGGUGUGAAGACCGGCCACUUCGUCGGUUUGAAGAUCCGCUAUUUUGUGGGUGUGAAGACCGGCCACUUUGUCGGUUUGAAGACCCGCUAUUUUGUGGGUGUGAAGACCGGCCACUUCGUCGGUUUGAAGACCCGCUAUUUUGUGGGUGUGAAGACCGGCCACUUUGUCGGUUUGAAGACCCGCUAUUUUGUGGGUGUGAAGACCGGCCACUUCGUCGGUUUGAAGACCCGCUAUUUUGUGGGUGUGAAGACCGGCCACUUCGUCGGUUUGAAGACCCGCUAUUUUGUGGGUGUGAAGACCGGCCACUUCGUCGGUUUAAAUUUAUGAGCUCCGCUGCCAUUAUUGCCGCUGCCAUUAUUGAAGGAAUGCGGAAUUUGACGAGCUGGCUAAUUGAGAACUCUGUGAUAUGUUCUCUACCUCAAUUAGUUUAAGAGAAGAAACGGGAGGGAGCAAAAUCACUAAUUGUUCUCUGCCUUAGUUGCUUCUGCAUGUUUAUUGCAAAGGAGAAAUUAAGGAACAUGAAGAGCACAACCGCAGAGUAAUUGCUAUGUGAUGGAAACCCAUAUUCGGAUUGUGCAAAUUCGGCCAGUUGGGGCUUCGUGAUGGAGAAAUCAGCCAUAUUUAUUUGAGAGAGACUUUCAUUUUAUUCCUUUGAUUUAAUUAAAAAAAAAAUCUCACUUUUUUUUUCAAUGACUCUUUUUUUUUCAUCUUUUUUUUUGACCAUUUUGCUCUUUUUUUUUAUGCAGCACAAAAUGGUGUUUUUAAAGGAUAUAAAACAUGAAGGUCAGAAACUUCUCUCCAUAUCAACGGGCAAUACUAAUGGCCAUGAGAUUCAUCUGGAGAUUUGCAAACCCUUUGCUCGUGGUAUUUGCCCUGCGACUGUUGUGUCAUACCGCGUUGCUAACUGGACUCCCGAGUGGGAGUAUCAAGAUCAAUCUCUGCGAAUUUUAAUAUCUGGCUUUCCUCGAAGACCUUCUCUUAACAUUCUUCCUUCUUUGGGUAGACGUAUCCUUGAUGACAACAUCCCCCUCAAAAAACAUCUAUUUUUUGGUGGUGAAUUUAGAUUUAUCACUGGUUAUUGGGAAUGGGCGGAAGACGUUUUGGGCAUGAGUAAAAACAUCCUAAAGAAUGGGCUUAUUUAUGAUGUUGUUUAUGCUUCAUUGUUCACAUAUGACCGAUGUAUUAAUGCUGUACAAGCAUUUUGUGAGGCAUGGUGUCCCGCGGUGAACACUUUACUUACAUCAAUUGGUGAAUUGGCGAUCACGCUUUGGGAUUUACAUGUUAUUGGGGGAUUACCAAUAAUAGGAGAUGCAUAUGAUGAAUCUAUCCCGAGCGCCUCUGAGAUGUUGAAGGCAAAUGCCGACCGCCCUUUCCAGCUUUGCAAAUACUUAUUUGGCGCGUACCAUCACCUUUUUCCAAAGACGGGAGACAAACGUUUGCUACGUGUUCAUGUAUGGGUCAAAUUCUGGUUUAAGAAAGCCUCUAAGUAUACUAUGCCUCCAUCGAGAACGGAAAAGAAGAGAACAGCUCGUGCAAAGGCAACUUCUAUGAAUUUGGUGGAUCAAUUCCAAAAUUUGGUGGAUGGACAAAUUCUAUGAAGGUACCGUUCCAAAUACUCAAGGUUCCUGCCGAAUAUGAGAAAGAGAUCUAUUUAGCAGCAUUCCUAUCAUGUUGGCUAUGUGCAUUUGUGUUGCCACAUGAAGGUCCAAGGGUCAUACGUCCAGAAAUUUUUAAAGUUGCUUGUAUGGCUUGCGGGAGGAAAAUAUGUCUUGCUGUUCCAGUUCUUGCCAGUAUCUAUCAUGGACUUAAUCAAAUUUCAAAUGCUCUGUCUCCUGACCAAGUUAGAACGUGUUUUCCUGUUCACUAUGUUUAUGGAUGGUUGGCCUCAUACUUUGACACUCAUUUCAAGAAUGAUAUUCAGUCCACGACCCCAUUGAUGAUCUCUUAUUCGGGAGAGGGCGGAGCAAGGUCCCUUGAUAAAAGAGGAGCGCGUAGGAGAAUUUUCCAGGGAGAUGUGUCUUCAUGGAUGUGUUCUACUCAUCGGAGAAUUAGGGACCACGUUUUCUUUGAUGGCGAGAAUCCUUCCGAGACUGACUUAACAUUCUUUAGAUGUCUUCGAUCUAAUUUUCUUGUAUUACGCUACCAAAAUCAUUGCAUUGCCGAGCCAUACACUCCUCAUCGCUUUAGUCGACAGUUUGGGUACUUCCAAGCUAAUGCACCUGGUUUGCUUGAGAAGCAUGAGCGUCGUGUUUCUCUUGUUGCUGGAUUUCGGUUUUGGCAGCAGUUUGAGCAUGGCAUGUCACGGGCUGAAGCGGUGUUUCCGACUCCUCCGACUAUUCCCGCGAAGUAUUAUUCCUUGGAGUAUAAAGAAUGGUGGAGCCAAGUUCAUGGUAGCUACCUCGAGAAUCGCGUGGGUGACUUGAUUAGGAUUUGUGAUUUUGAAAUUGGCGAUGUGGUCAUCUCUCCGGAUCCCGUAGCUCCAGCCUCCAAGAAGAAGAAAGAGGUACCCGAUACUGAAGCUAAGUCUUUGCCUCAGAAAAAGGCUAAGCUUGCAGCACCUAGGGCUGAAGUUUUGAUCAAGGAUGCUGAGAAAGAAACACUUCCUGCCAAGGCGAAUGAGAAUCAAGUUCUUGAGAAGCAGAGUAAUGAUGAUAGGAAUUGGAAGCAUCUUUAGAGAAAACCUCAUCCUGGGCCACUGAGGAUUCAUCCAAUCCUUGAUGAUGCUAGUUCUUCAAAUCAUGUUUCUUCAUCUAGCUCAAGUGAAGGAGAAACCGAUGAUCAUGACACCGUUGCGGGGUUGAUGGCAAAAGGUGCCCCAAGUAAUUGCAAAGAAGUUCCAAUCGACGAGAUACCGAAAUUCCCUCAUGCGAAAUCGGCUGUAUCCGUUUUUCAAGGAGAGAACUACUUCUUUACUUUGUAUAAGCGGUUCCUCAUUGAAACUUGGGGCGGUAUUCAAAAGAAGAUAGAAAAGGCUACAGCAGAGAACGUCUCUUCUCUUCGAGAGGAUGUUCAGAGUUGUGUUAUCUUGAUGGAGAAGGACGGUAUUGACCUUUCCGUGUUGAAGACAAGAGUGGAGAAUUUUGUUUGAAAGAGCACAAGUAUUUGAUCAAAAGUGCUCGACUAUUGCUGACAGGGUCCCUACGGAGAAGCAGUCUCGGGAAUUGGCUAUGUCACAAGCUUUUUGUGCAGAUAUUGAAGCUAAGAGAUCUCAAAAUCAAGUCGCAUUACUUGAUGAUGAGAAAUCUCUUAAUGAAAUCAAGAAGAAGAUAGCCUUAUUGGAAGCUGAAGCUAAGGAAGUAGAAGUUUUGAUUUCCCAGCGUCAUGCAGAGGCUAGUGACUUGGAUGCAGCUCUUACGAAGGCCAAGGAGGAAUAUUCACGGAUUUUGAAGACUAUUAAAGCAUCAGACGAAGAUCAACUUGCUUUAAGUACCCAGAAGAAGGAGCUAGAGGCUUUGAAGGAUGACUUAGUCAGCUUUAAAUUGUUUUUAGGCUGAGUUUGUUUUUACUUGUUUAUAGAUUAGCUUUUAGUCAGCUAACACUUUUCUUCUUUUCUUUCCAUCAAACUAUAUAUGGAUAUAUAUUUGAUUGCUUUCUUGCUCCUCAUGAGUUGAUAUCAUCUUACUUUCCAUUU